AUGGCCAAUGGGCAGCUAAAAUCUGUUGCAGGACUGCUUUUGGUCCUCAAUUUCUGCAUGUAUGCAAUAGUUUUGGGCAUUGGUGGCUGGGCAAUGAACAUGGCCAUUGAACAUGGUUUCGUCAUUGGUCCUGGAUUCGAUUUGCCAGCACAUUUCUCACCGAUAUACUUCCCGAUGGGAAAUGCAGCCACUGGAUUCUUUGUGACAUUUGCUAUGAUUGCUGGUGUCGUUGGAAUUGCAUCAAUCCUUUCUGGAUUUAACCAUUUUCGUAAUUGGAGCAGGGAUAGCUUGCCUGCUGCAGUUUCUGCUGCUGCCAUUGCUUGGACUCUCACUCUUCUUGCCAUGGGCUUCGCAUGGAAAGAGAUUGAACUCCAGAUCAGAAACUCUCGUCUAAGAACAAUGGAAGCAUUUAUCAUUAUCCUUUCAGCCACUCAACUCUUGUACAUAGCUGCAAUUCAUGGGGGUGGAUCAGUAAGGACACUUUGA